GCGCGCUCCCGCCGCUGCCGCCCUCCGUGUGCACGCGCCCGCCGGUGCAGCGGAGGAGGGAGAGGUCGGAGGAGGCCGUGCCGCGAUGGACAGCACGGGCAAGGAGCGGGAGGCGGUGCAGCUGAUGGCGGAGGCCGAGAAGCGAGUCAAGGGCUCGCACUCCUUCCUGCGGGGGCUCUUCGGGGGCAACACCAGGGUGGAGGAAGCCUGUGAGAUGUACACCAGGGCUGCCAACAUGUUCAAGAUCGCCAAAAACUGGAGUGCUGCAGGAAACGCGUUCUGUCAGGCGGCCAAGCUGCACAUGCAGCUGCAAAGCAAACACGACUCAGCCACCAGCUUUGUGGAUGCUGGGAAUGCCUAUAAAAAAGCCGACCCGCAAGAGGCCAUCAACUGCUUAAAUGCAGCUAUCGAUAUCUACACUGACAUGGGGCGAUUCACCAUUGCUGCCAAGCACCACAUCACCAUCGCGGAGAUCUAUGAGGCUGAGCUGGUGGACAUUGAGAAGGCAAUUGCGCACUAUGAGCAGGCUGCAGACUAUUACAAAGGAGAGGAGUCCAACAGCUCAGCCAACAAGUGUCUGCUGAAGGUGGCUGCCUAUGCCGCGCAGCUGGAGCAGUACCAGAAGGCAAUAGAAAUCUAUGAGCAGGUCGGAACAAACACAAUGGAUAAUCCUUUGCUCAAGUACAGCGCCAAAGAGUAUUUCUUCAAAGCCGCUCUAUGCCACUUCAUUGUGGAUGAGCUGAAUGCAAAGCUUGCACUUGAGAAGUAUGAAGAAAUGUUCCCAGCUUUCACAGACUCCCGGGAGUGCAAGUUAUUGAAAAAACUGCUGGAAGCCCAUGAGGAGCAGAACAGUGAGGCAUACACUGAAGCAGUUAAGGAAUUCGACUCAAUAUCACGGCUGGACCAGUGGCUUACAACCAUGUUGCUUCGCAUCAAGAAGUCAAUCCAGGGUGAAGGGGAUGGGGACCUGAAGUGAGGUGUGGGUGGUGUUCAUGGCAUGCAGCCCAAAUAUAACCCGUUCUGUGUCACAGCCAAGGACCACUGUGGGAUACCCCAUCCAAUAGCUCGCUUUAGUUCAUUGCUUACACACCCAGUGACUUGUGUGUUUCUUUAGUGCCCUGCUCUUUGUUGUAACAACGUGGGUAGCUCAGCUGCGAUGCUCUGGGUAGCACUGGCUGGUCUUUCUGAGGUGAAAGCAGCAUAUCUGGCAGAAACCUUGGUUUCCUUUGCUGAUGAACCCCAAGUCUGCACUUGCAGCUGCUGGUUUUCCUCUGCUGUCCCAGUCAGAUUGGUUUCAGCUGUGUUGAGUAGCCCUUGGCACUGCUGUUUUCUAUUUGAUCUAAAUAUAAACCACAAGAGUCUUGUCUUUCUUCAGAUCUAGUUUUCUACUUUAUUUUCUAGUGCAUCCUGUUACUCCUGACCCAAGCAACAAUCUGUUUUUCUAAUGUGUCAUUGCCAUAAGCUCCUGCUGCUGUCUCUGCGAUGGGUUUUUUGUCUGCACCAGGCAAUAUCCCUCCAGUAGGCAAUAUCCCUGCAGUUUCCAAUCUCUCCAUGAAGCCACCUCUUUCCUGUGAUGUGCAGAGGUGUUGACUGAAACUUGUUUUAGCUCUCUGGGUGACAGGUGAAGUGAGCUUUCUUUGAGAAGGGGUAGAAACAUUUAACAAUCCCUGCAGUAAUUUUAGGAAUGUGUUCUAAAAUACCUAAACCCAAGGAUUUUCCACACAGGGUUUUGUUUAACUAGAAGUGAGCUACCGAUUAUUUCAUGUGCAUAUAUUAAGGAGGACUUGAGCACCCAUGCAAGUUGUCAUGCAGUAUUUCUCUGAAUCAAAAGACCUUUUCAGCAGUGCAGUCAAUGGCCUUGCAAAGAAUGAACAAAUCAUCAGUUGCUUUAUCUGUCACAGCUGGUGUUUGGGUCCUCUUCCACACAGUAGCUUCAGUGGGCUCUGCCUGAGCUUCUUUUCAAAUGAUAUGUCUCUGGUGACCAAAAUGCUGCUUUUUUGCACUUCUUUUUGGUUUGUUUUUAAUUUUAGUUACUUAUUUUAAUUAUUGAUUUACAUAAAUAUGUAGCGACGGGAUGAGGGGUAAUGUAAUGGCUUCAGACUGGAAGCAGCUAGAUUUAGAUUAGACAUUAGAAAGAGAUUCUUCACUGUGAGGGCGGUGAAGCACUGGAACAGGUUGCGCAGAGAAGUUGUGUAGGCUCCAGCCUUGUCAGUAUUCAAAGCCAGGUUGGAUGGGGCCCUGAGCAACCUGGUCUAGUAAGUGACCCUGUCUGUGACAGAAGAGUUGGAAAUAGUCUUUUAGGUCCCUUCCAAGCUAAACCAUUUUAUGGUUCUGUGAUGUCUUAUCUUAUUGGUCUAAAGGGUUAAGCUCUUUUAAAUCACUGCUUUACCACUGGCUUAUGGAAAAAACAAAAUCCCUCCCGGUGCAUCCCAAAUUCCUUUGUUUUCCUAACUGACCUGUCUGGUCACUUACUCUCCAUGGACUGUUCUGGACAUCCUAAUGUGCUAGAAAUGCCCCAAGAGCCAAGAUUAGCUAGGCGAGUGUGUAAAAAAACCAAAAAACUGGGUGAUGCUUGUUCUUCCACACUUCAGUUUCUUCACAUCUAGGUGGCAUUUUUAAGGCUGCUGCUCACAACCAACAAACCGUUGCUUUAAGAGCGCUGUGUCUCAGAUCUGUCCUGCCCACUGGCCUGGCAAAUCCAGACUUGAAAUCCUGCUCAGUGCAUGGUCCUGUACUAUCUCCACCCAAGAUGGGCUCACACCUCUGCUCAUCAAAUGAGGACCAAUCGAGAUGUUCCAAGUGUGUGCCCAUUCCUGCACCAGAAUCCUUCACUUGUGCCACCUACUCUAGGCAAAGCAAGCACCAGGCUUAGGAUGUGGUUAGCACUGAAGGUGGGUGAUCUUACUGCUAAAGCUGGAAUAGAGGCAACUCUGAUCUUAACCUGGGACAAGAUGGACCUGCUGCCAAAUGCACCUGUGGUAAAAGGAGGGGGUUGGAGUUGCUUUUGUUCCAUUUACCUGUUUCCUUAGCAAGCAGAGACCCUCCUAGUCACCUUUGGAGCCUUGGUGUUUCUUUUCCUAGUGUCACACAGACUCGAUAGGAGAAUUUUCUGCCUGUUUUUUUUGUUCCCUUCUGCAGCUGUGAGAAGCUGUGUGUGGAGCAGGAGACCAUACCUGUGGGGUCAUGUGGUCUGUUACUGCGCUCUGGAGUAACACCAUUAGUUCUGUGUCAGUAGGCUGCAGCAUGUCCUCCAGUGUUACCAGUGGUCAGUUGUGACAGUUUGACAAUGACGAUCUGCCGCUCUGCUGUGUUUUCCCCCCAGUACACAACUCUGUACUGUGAAAAUUUCUCAUGAAAUGGCCUUAGUGAGAAUACGAUGUUUUGUGUCAAACUGUACAUUAAUAAAGUGAAAAACUACACAUGA